AUCAAGAAACCCAACAUUAAAAAGAGACCAAAAGAAUAGGAGGAUGUGCUUCUUUGUAUGAUCCUUUAUAAAAAUGAAAACUCAAAUGUCCCAUUUUCUUAUCAAAUCAUAUAGUUAGACCUUCCUCUUUCCAUGUCCAUAUCCUAGUUUCUCUCUUCCUCUCUCUGUCUCUCCCCCUCUCCCUUGUUGUAUAUAAUGCCUUUUCUUCAACAACCUCUUUCUGUAACGUAGAAAGAAGAAGAUAGCAAGAAAUGGACACAAGAAUCCAAACAAAACCUCUGGUUUUUUUCUUUAUUUCUUUUAUAAGUUUGAUCAUAAUCCAUGUUAAUGGAGAAUCACCACCAUUUGAUCAUCAUUACCAUGGACAAAUUCGAAAAUUGCAAUCUCUUAAGUCUUCUUUAAUCCAUCGCGAAUUAGUUUCCUCUCCAUCUCCAUCUCCAUCUCCAUCUCCUACUAUUUCUGCUCCAGUUCCAUCACCACAGGUGGACCAGGCAAGAGUAUAUCAGAUUACAUCGUACGGAGCAGAUCCAAGUGGGAAAAUGGACAGCACAGACGCACUUGGAAAAGCAAUAGCAGCUGCUUUUCAAAGUGGUUCUAAAGAUUUUUUGUUAAUGAAUGGAAUCAUAAAUCUUGGAGGUGCGCGUAUUAAUCUUGAAGGAGGGAUUUACAGGAUUUCUAAACCUCUGCAAUUGCCUGCUGCUGGAGCAGGAAAUCUUAUGAUUAGUGGAGGCACAUUGCUAGCCUCGGAUGAUUUUCCGACAGAUGGGUAUCUUAUAGAUUUAUCUUCCACAACAUCCUCUUCUUCCUCCUAUAAUUAUGAGUACAUAACUCUCAAGGACCUAAUGCUAGAUUGCAAUUUUAGAGGCGGAGGCAUUUCAGUUAUUAAUUCACUUAGAACAACCAUAGACAAUUGUUACAUUACACAUUUCAACACUAAUGGAAUUUUAGUCCAAAGGGGUCAUGAAACCUAUAUCAGAAAUUCAUUUCUCGGCCAGCACAUCACCGCCGGAGGCGAUCCAGGUGAACGGAAUUUCUCAGGCACUGGAAUAAAUUUGAUGGGUAACGACAAUGCGGUGACCGAUGUUGUUAUCUUUUCAGCUGCAAUAGGAAUAAUGGUUUCAGGUCCAGGCAACACAUUGUCUGGGGUACAUUGUUAUAACAAAGCUACAGGAUUUGGUGGUACAGGAAUUUAUUUAAAAUUGCCUAACUUGACACAAACCAGAAUUGUUAAUUGUUAUUUGGAUUAUAAUGGAAUUAUUGCUGAAGACCCUGUCCAACUAACAAUUACUAAUAGUUUUUUUCUCGGAGAUGGAUUUAUUGUCCUAAAAUCAAUAAAUGGAGUAGCGAAAGGGGUCACCGUUGUCGAUAAUACAUUUUCAGGGAAUAAUAAGGGAAUCGAUAUUGUUCAAUUGGAUGAAUCAAAUGGUUCUUUUAAGGACAUUGAUCAAGUUAUUGUGGAUAGGAAUAAUGUCAGGGGUAUGAAUUUAAGGGCUACGGUUGCUAGAGAAAGUGUGCAAGGGAAUGGGACAUCAUGGACCGUUGAUUUUAGUCCAGUUCUAUUAUUUCCUGAUCUAAUUAAUCAUGUUCAGUAUUCAUUUCGUGCAAUUGGAAACUCUUUUCCUAAUUAUGCUUUAAGAAAUGUAUCGGAAAAUCGGGUUGUAAUCGAGUCGGAUGUUGAUGUAGAGGCUAGGGUUUUCGUCACGGUGAAUCAAGGACAAACUAGUUGAAGCUGUGUAUAUUGAUUGGAAGCUCCAGCUGUAAUUUGUUGAAAGUAUAGUGGAAUUUAAAACAGGACUAAUUUGGUGUCCUGAAGAAAGAAAAACAAAACAAAACAAAAAUAAGAUAUAUAUUUUGUUUCCUUUA